GUAAUAGAUUUCAAAUGCUCUUCUCGCUCUACAGUUGGGACAACAGAUCCUACUACUUGUAUCCAGCCUUCUGCAUGGGCAGGUAUCCUUUGGAACAGUGUGGUGUGAUCCAUGAGAGACUCUCCAGACAUUUGAAUUCUCCUGAAGGCUUGGUUCAAAAAAAUUAAUAAAUUCAUGGAGGAUACGUCCAUCAGUGGCUGUUACCCAGGAUGGGCAAAGAUGAUGUCCAUAGCCUCUGUUUGCCAGUAGCUGAGAAUGGAUGAUAGGGGAUGGAUCACUUGGUGAUCACCUGUUCAGUUUGUUCCCUCUGGGGCACCUGGCAUUGGCCACUCUUGGAAGACAGGAUACUGGGCUAGGUGGACCUUUGGUGUGACCCAGUCUGGCCGUUCUUAUGUUGCCAUUCUUGUCAAUGAGAAAUUCCAAUUUAUUUCUAUUGGAGCAGGAUUGUAUUGUUAGGCAGUUGGACACAUAGCCAGUGUUCUACCUUCGUGGGCUGUUAAUGUUUUAAACUCUUCUGGCCAUGGGCGUUUGGACUAUUCAGAGACCUGCAACCAUAAACCCCACUGAAUUUCAGAGAGCGAGGAUAUUGAAUCAUGGAUCUAAAACCUCUGUCUUCUAGGUCUUGGGAUGCAUCUUAAGCCAGCCGGGGUCUGAGUUUCUAUUACUUGUAUGCAGCAAAGAUCUCCGGUUUGAGACUUUGUUAGUUUAAUCCAAACCCUUCUCCUGAUCCUGCAUCAAUCUUCUUCACCUAUAUCUAAUAUUAGACUGACUAGUACAAACUGUAGUCCCCACAUCAUAUUCAAAAUAAUAUGUACCUGGGGGAAAAGACACAAUUUUGUACCUGGUCUAACGUGGUCACUGUGAUUGACCAUAAUUGGUAUGAAGUUUCUUACUUUGUACUCUGAACUUAUUUGAAUCUAUUAUAAACAAACAGUUCCUAGGUAGAAAGCAUUCUUUGCCCAUUGAAUGGGAGAUGGAAAUGUCUACUCAGUAUGUGAAAACGAGCAACCUAACUAUGCACUGUCGCGAAAUCUGGUGUGAACUUACUCCUAACUACUUAGUUGGAUCUAAAACUAAUCUACCUGACAUGUUGGUGGUCCGCAGCCGUCUGGAAAAGAAGGGAAUUGCAGUCCAUAAUGUCAGGUUGAAUGGCUCAGCAGCUAGCCAUGUCCUACAUCAAGAUAGUGGCCUGGGGUACAAAGACCUGGACCUCAUUUUUUGUGUGGAUCUGAAGAGUGAGGAUUCUUUCCAGCUAGUUAAAGAUGUGGUCAUGGACUGUCUCCUGGACUUCCUCCCAGAAGGAGUAAACAAAGACAAGAUCACCCCAAUGACUCUGAAGGAGGCAUAUGUGCAGAAGCUAGUGAAAGUAUGUAAUGAAACAGACCGCUGGAGCCUUAUAUCACUGUCCAAUAACAGUGGGAAAAAUGUGGAACUCAAAUUUGUGGACUCUCUCAGACGGCAGUUUGAGUUCAGUGUGGACUCCUUCCAGAUUAUAUUGGAUUCUCUGUUACUAUUCAGAGAGUGCUCAGAGAACCCCAUGUCUGAGAACUUCCACCCCACAAUCACUGGGGAAAGCAUGUAUGGGGACUUUGGGGAGGCAAUGGACCAUCUCAGGAACCGAAUCAUUGCCACCAGGAACCCAGAAGAAAUCAGAGGUGGUGGGCUUCUGAAGUACUGCAAUCUCCUGGUGAGGGGGUUUAAGCCCAAGUCAGAAGUAGAUAUGAAGGCGUUACAGAGGUACAUGUGCUCCAGGUUUUUCAUAGACUUUUCUGACAUUGGAGAACAGCAGCGGAAGCUCGAGUGUUAUCUUCAGAGUCACUUUGUUGGGAUGGAGAGCAAAAGGUAUGACUGCCUGAUGACCCUACACCGAGUGGUGAAUGAAAGUACAGUGUGCCUGAUGGGACACGAAAGGAGGCAAACUCUGAACCUCAUUGCCAUGCUGGCUGUGAGGGUGCUGGCUGAGCAGAACAUCAUCCCAACAGUAACCAAUGUGACCUGCUACUAUCAGCCAGCACCAUAUGUCAGCGAAAUAAACUUCAACUACUAUGUCACCCAUGUGCAGCCCCUUCUGCCUUGCAGUCACUCCUACCCAACAUGGCUUCCUUGUAACUGAGCAUGGACAACACUCUCUAGGAUCUGUAGUCCAGGCUGCUCCCUGGCCUUGCCAGCCUUCUGGAAGAACUGUGACAAAAGGCAAUAUUCUGGACUCUUUCUCAAGAGUUUUUUUUUCCCAAGUUUGUUGGAACUAGCUGUGUCUGCUAUAUGCUGUGGAGAUUGGAUGUGCAGUGUUAUGGAAACUGUAGAUCUGAGAUGUUUGCAAGAAGACUUAUGAAUUAUGUAGGCAACAGGGGAGUUAGGGGGAUUGUAGGGUUAGGCUAAAGGUAAAGCUGCACUGCCCUGAAAUGCAAAUCAGUCUGAAUUUCCUUUAGUGCAGGAGGUUUUAAGGGUUGUGCAGACUCAUGGUUUCUGAAGAUAGAAGCCAGAGUGGCUGAUUCCUUUGAAGGACCAAAGAAUCCUGUUAAGUGCCUGUAACAAUAUAAACACAAUUGUACUGUAAACCUUUAUUUUUUUAUUUUUUUUUUUUGGCAGGGGCUAUGGUCCCUAAGUGCUUGUGUGGGGAUGUCUUGAUGAAAAUGUGUUUUUUGUUUUGGAUGGGAGGGGGUCAUUUGAUCAUUUCUCAUAACAUAACAGAUGUUGGAUUGCAGGUGACAUAUUGCAAAGGCUUUUGGCAUGGCUUGCUGCUCGUGAAGGACUAGCUAAUAGUAUCUAAUAGUAGUCAAAGCUGAGUCGCACAGAGGUGGGGGUUGGCAUUGAAUGUAACAUGAGACACUGGGGCUGGGGAAGAAUUGCAUUGUGGAGAAUGCUGUGCAGAGCUUUAUGGAGAUGGGAAGCAGUAGAGGCCUAUCCAGUUAGUCACUAAAAAGCUCCCAAAUCAGCAGUGCCAAAAUUUUCAGCAACUUGUGUACAUAAACAGUAAAGCAAAGGAUCUGUUUGGGAGUCUGCCCUUGGUUAGACUAGUACAAAGCUAUGUCUUCUAGGGAAUUUGAAAUGCUGCUGCUUUUUGGCAUGCAGUAUGGUUUCAAUGCACAAACCAACCAGUGGCCAGCUGGCCAAUCUGGGAAAGACCAGGCUUGUCCUGAAGCACAAACCAACUAUUGGCUAGUCAAACCGUUGACCAUAGCAGUUGCUUUUAUGUAGGCUGGAGCCAGUUUUAGGUAAAAUGCUUAGAGCCCUGUCCCUCAAGUAUUAGAUUCAGCUGUAGAGUCCUAGCAGAUUCUCUUGAUCCUAGCCUGCCUUGGCUAGAGAAUAAAUCUUCCUUCCUGUGCCCUUGGUCCUUUUGUCAAAAGCAGCCUGUUUUUUCAGCUACACAAUUCCACAUCUGAGCAACAGAUAUGAGAUUACGAAUGUAAAAUGCUUAGAAAUGAAACAUGACUUCUUUUGUGCAAAAAAAAAAAAAAAACCGUCUUUUUAAAAAAACCACAACAAACCUUUGUCUGAGAGCAUUUUAGUGUCUCUUAGGCAAAUGUUCUGCCUUUGAGUUGUGGGGGUGUGUGUGUGGAGUACAAACAGUCCUGCCCUGGGCUGUCGGGACUGCUUACCCAUUCUUUUGCAACAUCACAUUUGAGACUUAACGAUGCAUGGGUUUGUAAAGCUGGUGCACCUGAGACCUCCGGCAUCUUCUCUUCAAAAAGAUAAGUGCGCAGCUGUGGGAGUAGACCACACUAGUCACUUCAUGGUGCUUCCUCGGAGGCUAAUACUUGACUAUUUUUACUAACUUGUUUUCUGGUUAUAAAACUGUACCACAGCUGGGCACAUUGAACAAUGUAAUAAAGAUUAGAUACUUGGAAUAUGUAUAACCAGAAUUUUACCGGCGGGGGGGUGGGGAGGGAGGGUUGGAGCUUGUGCAUGCACUUCGCUGAAUACUAACAGGCUUAAACAAAUCUGCUCCAACUUUGCUCCUUCCAUCUUUAUCCAGUAGGAACAGGGCCCUGCCACUACCUGUCAGAGGUUGUUAAACCUGCUGUGACCUCAUGCUCUCGGACUGUACAAGUUUAUUUACACAAGUAAUCCUGAUACAGCUUAUGGGGUAAACUCUGCUACAUGUAACUUCUUGAUGCCCAGAGCCUGCUUCCUGUGGCAAUGCCUGACAUAGGGGGGUUUCAAAUUUAGUUUUUCCUUGUGCUGAAAAACUGGUUUAAAGGAUGUCUUUUGGAAAACUAACUAGGAUCUCUAGACAUGCAAUCCUCACUCAGAGACUCACUUUAAGGGGAGACCUGGUUUUGCAUUUUUUAUUAAACUUACUAUUAACACAGCUGAUCUGUAGCAUGCUGCACGUUUUUCUUUUUUCAGGCAGGGAGGCUUCUCUCAUACUCCUUACCACAAAGUGUAAAGGUAGAUGCACUAAACUCUGAUCUUUCCAGGGCAGUGACAGAACUCCCUCUUUCUCUAACAGAAUGUAAAGUUUCCCUACAGCUAAAGGCUUGAUGGGGAAAACUUAAAAUAAGGCUGCACUUUUGAUUUGUGGAGUGUGUGGGGAAUGGGAGUGGUUGAUUCCUUGCAGGAUGAGAUGCUGCCACUUGUAGAAAAUCUGAAGAUUCCAGUAGUCUGGCACUCUUAAUUUUGUUUCAAAUGUACAUAUUUUCCCCCUGCAUCUGUAUCACUUGUCAUGCAAUGGACUUGACGUAGACUCACUAGAUUCUUUAGAAUCUGUUACAAAUAAAUACAGUGUAUUAAAUUCAA